AUGGAUGUUAAUGUCGGAAGCCUAAUGGAUCCAUGGGACUUACAAGGGUUGGCGCACUUCUGCGAGCACAUGCUCUUUCUUGGUACUGACAAAUAUCCGAAGGAGAACGAAUACCAACGUGUAAGUCAUGUAAACUGA